AGAGCUCCCUCAUUGACUUCAGUUUCGUCCGGCGCUUUUGUAGAUUCAUCUAUGAGCGACCUGAGCCGAAUAAACAACGCUAGAAAAAUGGCAUCUAAAACAUGAUAUUUGACAGAACAAUUAAUGUGCAAUUACUACUUGAAAGAUGCUUCACAUUCUGCUGUUUGGAUAUCUUAUUACUUGCGUUUCUGGCCAGGGAGGAGCGGACGUGGUGCUGUCCUGUUCUCUGGUGGAGGAGGACAGCGGGAUGGGGAGAAUUGGCAGUGGGGCUCUCUUCAGUCGCACCCCGGCUACUCUGGUCCUCAGAGACCUGGCCGUGACCCCUGACCUUUCACCUGAUACUCUGACCCCCUUCAGCCCUCCAGACGUCCCUGAUCCCAACAACAUCAUUUUGGAAGCUAAAGUUACAUCUCCUGAGAUCCCAGAGGCAGGUCAGCUGCUUCACGCUGACUGUAACGACCAGGAGGUGAACUGUGAGAUCAGCCAGUACUACCCCCGUGAGGCCAAGCAGGGCUCCACAGAACCAGCCUAUUUUAUUGUCUCCUUGCAGAUUGAGGGGGGCGGGCUCAGUCUCACAUUGGUCCUACAGACACAGUCAGUCGGUAUGGACCAAUCGGAUCAUCCAGUCCUCAUGCAGAGCAAACUGGAGCUCCCCCUCAGCCAAUCAGGAACUUUGCUGACUGAGGUGGUGUUCGUGGUGUUCUCUGGCUCGCAGUCACAGUCUGCUCCGUUAGGGGGCGUGGCCCUCUUGGACUGUGGAUUCAGGCAGCAGGCUCGAACCCCCAGGCAGGAGGUGGGGCUUGAGUGGCGACUACAGCACAGAGGACAUGGGAGGAAGGUUCUUGAGAUGAGGGCGGGCCAGAAAGAGUUGGAGACCGGUCCAGAAGUACAUGUGGAGAGGGAUGGUUCCAGUGUGGAUGCCUCACAGCUACUGGGACAGGGCAACGCGUCUCUGACUCUGGCCAGCCUGAAGGUGUCUGACCAGGGGACCUACAUAUGUACUGUCAGCGCUGGUCUGUUCCAGGCCCAGCAGGUGGUUCAGCUACAUGUCAUACAACCUCCCCAGGUUUCCUUCUCUGAGGAGAAUCUGGUAUUGCGGGACAAGCUGAAGCUGAGCUGCCACUGCAAGAACUACUACCCUCUGGACGUCCAGAUAGAGUGGUUGUCCCUGUCCCCUUCAGACACAGAGCCUAUUGUCCUAUCGGACCAGGUGUCCCUUUCCAGCCAUCGGCAGCACAGUGACGGGACCUUUUCCCUCUCCUCCCAACUCACCCUGCACUCCUCCAUCUUCCCGGCUGGAACCACUGUCACCUGUAGGGUGACACACACUGCCCUGGACACACCUCUCUCCCUCAGCCUGACUGUAGAGGCUCCUCCAGAUUCCUAUUGGAUGGUCCUGGGUUUUAUGGUGGUAACUAUUCUGUUCUUCUAUCAAGUAAUGAAAUAAGGUUGCAGAGGUGUGGUUUUAGAAGCUGUUGAAAACAUUAUAAAAAGGGUUUCUUUAAUGUGAAUUACAUGUGUAACAUAAACAGUGGUGCAAUUCUUAAAUAAAUAUACUUUUUUUGUGUU